ACGGUUGGGGUUGGUUAGGAGGGUUUUUUUGCGCGAAGGUGCAGAUGUUGGCGGUCUGAACACAGAAGAAGAAGAAGAAGAAGAAGGUCUGCUGCUUUUCAAGCUGAGGCACUUGACGUGGUAUCAAAGAGGCAACAUAUCUGCUGAAAUGGAAAGCUGUGGAGACAUCCUAGUGAAGGAGCUGAACAAGCGUGCUUCCGGUCAGGCUUUUGAGGUCAUCCUGAGCCCCACAACCCCUGACGCCAAGACAGAAUUUCCAUUGUCCCCUCUCAAGAAAAAGGCACCAUCGCUGGAUGAGAUCAAGAGGAAACUGGAUGCUGCAGAGGAGAGACGCAAGAGCCACGAGGCUGACGUGCUCAAACACUUGGCUGAGAAACGAGAGCACGAGAAGGAGGUCAUCCAGAAGGCCUUAGAAGAAGACAGCAAGUUUAGCAAGGUGACACAGGAGAAGCUCAAUCAGAAGAUGGAGGCGAACAAAGAGAACCGCACUGCGUUGCUGGCGGCUCGCACUGAGAAAUUCAAGGAGAUGGGCAAGAAGAUUGAAGUGAAGAAGAACAAGGACGCGAUGACAGAAAUGGAAAAUUAAUUUGUUCAUGAUCUGGAAAACAGUUUUUACACCUCCUAAGAUAAGCUUUAUUUUUUAAAACUGACACUUCUGCGAUGUUGUUUGUUGUGUUGGUUUUGAUUAUGCUGUUAAAUAGUUGUACACGGUGCUAGAUGUGUGGAUAUAGUCAGAUUAUUCUUCGCUUGUAGUUUUCUUAUUGGCAGCUGAUUAGACUUGUUUUUGUGGUACAAAAUAUAUUUUUUCAUUAAGAGGCAUUCCACUGUAACAAAUUGGUCAUAAUACUUCAUAGUGUUAAAAUGCAUCAUAUAAUAUUGUUCUGUUUUGUUGUUUGAAUAUACUGUACGAUCCCAAGGUUUAAACAUUAAAGUCUAUAACCACAA